AUGCUACUCCAGGUACUGCAGCAGGCCACGGGUAUCAACCCCAUUAUGAGCUACGGUGCUCUCAUUUUUAAGGACAUCACCAACGCUGGUAUCUACUCGGCCUUCUUCAUCUCCGGCGUCAACUUCCUGAGUACCAUCCCGGCUAUGCGUUGGGUGGAUACCACUGGACGACGCAAGUUGCUACUGAUCGGUGCCGUCGGUAUGGUCACUGGUCACCUGUUCGCUGCUAUCCUGUUCACCGCCAUUUGUGAUGGUAAUGUCGACGACGCUGGUUGUCCCAAAGUGGGUGGCUGGUUCAUUUGCCUCGGUUCAGCCUUCUUCGUCUUCAACUUCGCCAUCUCGUGGGGACCCGUGUGCUGGAUCUACCCAGCCGAGAUCUUUCCCCUCAGU